AGUCGCAGUCAUCGCUGAUUAUCCAAACAAAGCAAUAUUAUAAAUCGGCUUAUUUUCAUAUUUAAUUUACAUUUGCUUUUCGAUUUGCAUAAAUUUACGAAUUUAAAGCAGACAUGGCGGAACCAAUGUGUGGAGGCAUCAGCUCACAGCUGUCCGAAGAUGACAUGAAGCGCGCUGUUGAUCUACUUAAUACUUCAUUGGAAAAUUUAUCCAAAGGUGAUGGGCCCAGUCUAAAGCUUGUUAAAGUAAAGUCCGUUACUUCUCAAGUGGUAGCCGGCGUUUUGUACAGAUAUACUGUUGAUAUUUGCCAAGAUGAUACCGUUAAAGAGGGCCAUGUUGAGAUCUGGCAUAGAGUAUGGCUCGAAAAGGACGGCACUAGAAUCACAAUUAAGUUUGAAAAUGAUGAGAACGUAAUCGAAAGCACUUUUUAAUUAACGUAUACUUAAUUAUCUGCAUAUAACUAUCAAUUUGUUUAACUGUACGCUUGCAUUUAUAAUAAACUUA